GCAGCUCGCGUGUAAACGACGUCGUGUUAUUGUGAAAUCAUCGUACCAUGAACAGCGUUAGAAAAAGAAGAGCUGAAAAGAGGAAAAAGAAGAAGAUGAUUCUUCCUGAAAGAGAAACACGCAUAAUCGCUAUGAAAGUUGAAAAGACGAAAGAUCACGAUUCGAAGGGAUCAAUGCUCAAUGAAGCAGCUAUGUAGAUAAUUCUGAGAAAAUCUGGAAAUUCAUCCCCAAAAAAUGUUUCUGGGAUCUCUAUUCUUGCUUUAAUUUUUUUUUUUCUUCUUUCCUAUACAAAUUACGGAGUAUAAUUUAGGUACUUCUCCGCUUCUCUUUGAAUAACUUUGUACUUAGGGUUUCAUUUGAUUUUUGAAAUCAAAGAGAGGUUUUGAUGGAGCCUCGUGUUGGUAAUAAGUUCCGGCUGGGUCGGAAAAUCGGUGGCGGCUCGUUUGGAGAGAUCUAUCUCGGGACGAACAUUCAGACUAAUGAAGAGGUUGCUAUUAAGCUUGAAAAUGUAAAGACGAAGCACCCUCAACUACUUUAUGAGGCGAAGUUGUACAAACUACUUCAAGGAGGAACCGGAAUCCCCAAUGUCAAAUGGUAUGGUGUUGAAGGCGACUAUAAUGGCCUUGUGAUUGAUUUACUAGGGCCUAGUCUAGAAGAUCUUUUUAACUUCUGUAGUCGGCAGCUGUCCUUAAAGACUGUUCUUAUGCUUGCAGAUCAGAUGAUAAAUCGGGUUGAAUUUGUUCAUUCAAAAUCAUUCCUUCAUCGAGAUAUAAAACCUGACAACUUCCUUAUGGGUUUAGGGAGGCGUGCAAAUCAGGUAUAUAUUAUUGAUUUUGGGCUGGCUAAAAAGUACAGGGACUCGUCUACUCAUCAGCAUAUACCAUAUAGAGAAAAUAAAAAUUUGACGGGAACAGCCAGAUACGCAAGCGUGAACACUCACCUUGGCAUUGAACAAAGCCGGAGGGAUGAUUUGGAAUCACUUGGCUAUGUUCUGAUGUACUUUUUGAAAGGAAGUCUUCCAUGGCAGGGGCUAAAAGCUGGUACAAAGAAGCAGAAGUAUGAUAAAAUCAGUGAGAAGAAAGUUUCUACAUCUAUAGAAGUGUUGUGCCGAGGCUAUCCUACAGAAUUUGCAUCUUACUUUCACUACUGUCGGUCACUUAGAUUUGUAGACAAACCAGAUUAUGCUUAUCUCAAGAGACUUUUCCGUGACCUUUUUAUUCGUGAAGGUUUUCAAUUUGAUUAUGUAUUUGACUGGACAAUUCUGAAAUAUCAGCAAUCACAGCUUCCAAGUCCUCCAUCUUGUGGUCAUGGUGGUAUUGGUGCAACAAGUUCAGGGAUGCCACAUACUGCUGCUAAUGUUGAUAAGCAAACAGGUGGUGAGGAAGGCCUACCCACUGGUUGGUCUUCAGGAAAUCUGGUCAAUAGUAGAAACACGGGAUUGGUUUUGAGUUCUGGGAGCAAACAGAAAGGUCCUGUUCAUGACUCAACCAUGAGUAAAGGGUUGUCUAGUUCAAAUAUUAUCCAAUCAAGCGGUUCAUCAAGGAGACCUGCUGUGUCUAGCAUCCGUGAUAGUGUGACUGCUGGGGUUGAAUCUGACCCCUCGCGCACCCGGGCAGCAGAUACAACUCAUGCAAGCCCUGGAGCUAUUCCUAAAAUGAUCAGUACUGCUGAAAGGAGUUCUCCAGUUAUAUUCGAUAACAAAUGCAGUUCCUCAACUAGAAACAGCAACAUUAAAAAUAUCGAGUCCACUCUUAAAGGUAUAGAGGGCCUAAGUUUUGGCAAUGAUGAGAAAUCACACUACUAGCUGCUGCUUUUGUCGUGUUCUCCUCUUAAAUACUUGAGAAAGUAUGUUGCUUAUAGCCCCGGUUUCUUUGAAGAAGCGGUGUGAGCUGAGAUUAUGAGUACCACAUACCAAUCAGAUCAUGCACCAAACAAGUACAUAAUAAAGAUGUCAUCAUGUUGCUGCCCCCAAAAUCAAGGUCCAUCUAGGUUAUGUUUUGUUAAUACUUAUUACAGUUUUUGAGUUUUGACCUGUUUAGAGUUUUGCAUUGUGUUAUUCCUUAAUACUUAAAUACAGUUCCCAUUUAGACUCAAAAUUCCUCUAUUCAUUUUUACAGUUCUGCAUUUGUGUCA